UGGGAUUUCUUUUUCUUUUAUUUUUCAGGGGAUGAACAAUCAAUAUAUCCGUCGGGAAGUCUUCUGCUGUGAAACGUGUCACGAACUCAAAAGCUUCUGGGAAAAAGAAAUUAGCAAACAGACUUGUUACAGGGAACUGGAGGAAGACCGUCAGGGAAGGAGCGCCCUGAGAAAGCUCAGAGAAGAAUGGAAGCAGAGACUGGAGAAAAGGCUACAGAUGCUGGACAAUCCUGAUGAGAAGAAAAAGCAGACAAAUACGGUGGGCUGA